AUGGGAAACGAGCUGAGUCAGUCGGGCGAACCAGGUAACCCGAGUGACCACAUUUCCUAUGAGACGGCGAGUAUACCGCUUACCAAUUACCGAAAGCCUCUGGAUGACAAUGGUUGCUCCAUUCCCUAUUCACAAGAUGUUACGAUAACGGGAGACGAUCAAAGUAGGACUUGCUCUGAUAACCGACGGAACCAGGCUAUCACAGCGGAGGCCGAGAAGCAGGCCAACGAAAUGUGUCUAACAGAUGAAGAAAAGGAUCACAUCAACCAGGUAUUGUCUCGCGUUCGAAGACUGGAAGAGCAAGAAGAAUCUCGAAUUCUGGAGCCGUGCUGUGAGAAGCCGUCUGCGGCGUACGCCUUACUUCUCUAUGGUAGUUCAUAUUGGUACUUUGAAAUUCCUGUUGUAAGCCUUAUCGAACGACCUCAGAACGCCCUGGAGACAUUUCAGGAGGCAUCUGCGCUUGCUGUUCCGGAAACAAGGAGCGAAUGCCAUUGGCUUCGAAAAAAUCUACAGACAUUUAAGUGA